CUCUUUUGACGUUUUGUCUGAAUCGCAAAGUUGUUGCUGCUAAAAAUUUCGAUUUUAGCAGUUUCUCCUUUCUCUGAACAUCCGCAUCGAAAGCCUCGAAAAUGUCUCGUAGUCGAGCUGCUGAAGAGACAGAUAAGCAGACACGUAUUGCGAUCGUGAGCACGGACAAGUGCAAGCCAAAGCGUUGUCGGCAAGAAUGCAAAAAAUCCUGUCCCGUAGUGCGAAUGGGCAAACUUUGCAUUGAAGUUGCGCCCGAUUCGAAAAUUGCAACGCUUUCUGAGGAGCUUUGCAUCGGUUGCGGUAUUUGUGUGAAGAAAUGCCCCUUUGAAGCCAUCACGAUCAUCAAUGUGCCCAGCAAUUUGGAUAAACACACGACACAUCGCUAUUCGAAAAACUCCUUCAAGCUGCAUCGACUGCCAAUGCCUCGUCCCGGCGAAGUUUUAGGUCUCGUUGGGCAGAACGGUAUCGGAAAAUCGACUGCCUUGAAGAUUUUGGCGGGAAAAUUGAAGCCAAAUCUCGGGCGUUUCUUCGAUCCGCCAGAUUGGAAUGAGAUUUUGGCGCAUUUCCGUGGCUCCGAGUUGCAAAAUUACUUCACCAAGAUCCUCGAGGAUAACUUAAAGGCUCUCAUCAAGCCGCAAUAUGUCGAUCAAAUCCCCAAAGCUGUCAAGGGCACCGUCGGAGGCUUGCUCGAUAAGAAAGACGAGCGAAAAAAUCAAGUUGAAAUUUGUGAAAUGCUUGAUUUGUCUCUUGUACGCGAUCGCGAAAUUCAAGCGUUGUCUGGCGGAGAGCUCCAAAGAUUCGCGUGUGCCAUGACGUGCAUUCAAGACGGCGAUAUUUUCAUGUUUGACGAGCCCUCGUCAUAUUUGGAUGUCAAGCAACGUUUGAACUGCGCCUUGACAAUUCGUUCUCUGAUUCAUCCGGAUAAAUUUAUCAUCGUUGUCGAGCACGAUUUGAGUGUUCUCGACUACUUGUCGGACUUUAUUUGUUGCCUUUAUGGUGUGCCCGGAUGUUAUGGCGUCGUAACGAUGCCUUUCUCCGUACGUGAAGGCAUCAACAUCUUCUUGGAUGGCUAUAUCCCAACGGAAAAUAUGCGUUUCCGCACAGAGUCGCUCACGUUCAAAGUCUCAGAAUCCGCAUCUGAAGAGGAGAUCAAACGUACCGCUCAUUACACGUAUCCAAAUAUGACAAAGAGACUGGGAACCUUCAAACUUACCGUAAAUGAGGGAAGUUUCAGCGAUUCCGAGAUCUUGGUGUUGUUGGGAGAGAACGGAACAGGCAAAACUACGUUCAUUCGUAUGUUGGCAGGAAAUAUCGCACCAGAUGAGAGCUCAGAGGAACUCCCACGCUUGCACAUCUCAUACAAACCACAAAAGAUCAGUCCCAAAUCACAAGGCACCGUUCGUUAUUUGUUGCACGAGAAGAUCCGCGAUGCCUAUGUGCAUCCCCAAUUCGUCGCUGAUGUCAUGAAACCCCUCAAAAUCGACGAAAUCAUGGAUCAAGAGGUUCAAAACUUGUCCGGUGGUGAAUUGCAACGAGUUGCUAUGGCUUUGUGCUUGGGAAAACCCGCUGACGUUUAUUUGAUCGACGAGCCUUCCGCCUAUUUGGAUUCCGAACAACGUUUAAUUGCCGCUAAAGUCAUCAAGAGAUACAUUCUUCACGCAAAGAAGACCGGAUUCAUCGUAGAGCACGAUUUCAUCAUGGCAACGUAUCUCGCAGAUCGUGUGAUUGUCUUCGAGGGCGCCCCAUCCGUCGAUACCACAGCACAUACCCCACAAUCCUUGUUAAAUGGCAUGAAUCGCUUCUUGGAACUCUUGGCAAUUACCUUCCGACGUGAUCCCAACAACUUCCGACCACGCAUCAACAAAUUGAAUUCCGUGAAGGAUACGGAGCAGAAACGCGCCGGUCAAUAUUUCUUCUUGGAAGACAAUUAAAUCGUUAUUUUAUGGAAUUUUUUUUUUUUACAAUUUGGACCUCACUUACCUUCAGUUUUUGCGCCAAGUUCGGUUUUAUCCCAGAUAUUUGUACACAAUUAUGAUUAAAAUGCAAAAAAAUAAACUUAGAUAAAUGAUGAUUCUUUGUUAAAAAUAUUUUAAAAGAGGAAAAUAAACAGAUUACAAUUUAUUAAAAACUCU